AUGGCUGGCUUUGGCAGGAUGCGACGGGUGGCCAUCAUCGGAGGCGGUCCAGCUGGGCUGUCGAUGGCGGAUCAGCUUGCGGCCAUCAACGCGCGUGUCCCCGCUUUUUCGGUGACCUUGUUCGAGCGCCGCACGGCAUUCGGAGGGGUAUGGACGUACGAUGCUGAUCCGGGCGACUGCGAUGUGCGAUUCGACCGUCACGGUCGUGCACAUGCACUGUGGGGCGGGCGCAAAGACGGCGAUGAUUCGGGACGCUUCUGUCCGCCUGGGCCGAUGUACGAUGGUCUGCGCACCAACUUGCCGUGCGACAUCAUGACGUACCGUUCCCACCCCUACCCCCCACAAACACCGCUCUUCCCAUCCCGCGCAACGGUGGAGAAGUACAUUGUCGAUUUCGCCAACACGCUCGAACCCAUCGACAUGAGACUUGCGACCGCCGUCAAGUCUGUUCACCGCAUGUCGCACGAUCCAGCUGCAGCGUCGCAAAGCAUCGGUGCAGGGAGCAAGUGGGCGAUCCAAUCAAUCGACACCACCACCGGUAAAGAGCGGGAUGAAGAGUUCGAUUGCGUGGUCCUGGCGAGUGGGAGGUGCAAUACACCGAGCAUACCCUUUGUGAAAGGGCUGUGGGAUUUCCGAGGCACCGUGAUGCACUCGGCAUGGUGGCGAUCACCCGUUCCCUUCGCAGGACGCACGGUGUUGGUGGUGGGCAACUCGUCUUCCGGCUCAGACAUCGCGCGCGAGCUGGCAGGAUACAUCCUCCGAAGCCUCCCCGAGGGCGACACUGCGACUCGCAACUACAUGGCGCGGUGCGACCACGAUCCACCACGGAUUCUGCACUCGUAUGAAAAGUUCGACGCACCACCGCCACUCGACUACGAUCCUCGCAGCACAGAUUCGCCCGACUGGGCGAAACGCAUCACCGUCGUCCCACGAAUCGACCACAUCGAGCCCACUCAGGCAGGGGGGAGUAAGAUCGUCUUCGAGGAUGGAGAGACACGCGAUGAUGUCGACACGAUCAUCUUUGGCACCGGCUACGCGUACGACUUUCCCUACCUCGACCAGGAAGCCGCACCAUUCGAUUCACAUCCACUUAUUCCCAGACCACCUUCAACACCACCACAGCAGGUAGGAGGGGAGGUGUAUGAUCCUCUCUUUCGAACGAGCUCCAAGCUGACGAAUCUCGACGACUGGAGCCUGUUCUACGCUGCGGACGCUUCGAUCUGCGUACUGGGCGCACCGAUCCGUAUCGUACCCAUGCCGCUCACCCAUGUCCAGGCGCGUAUCGUCGCCGCAGCCUGGUCCGGCCACAUCGAUCCACACCCGCACUCGGCACUUCCCAGUCUAGACCCCAGCAUCCCUUCGACAGAUCCGGACAAGUGGACGUCAAGCUCAACUGCACCCAAGCAGGGUGCGAACUCGACCACCGACUUGGGAUAUCCCUCCGACACGGCGUACCAAAACGCCCUGCUCGCCCUCCUGCCAAAAGAGCUCGCCCAGAAAGGCGAUGAUGAGGAGACGCAGGUUCCCGAGACUCAGAGCAACCAACCAGUCCUUGCCAAAAGCGAGGGCUGGUCCAUCAUGCCCACCUUCCGAAACCAGCGUCGACAGGAUACCAAGCGCCUCCGCCGCCUGCUUCUCGGCUACUAG